UUCAAGCCACGUCAUCUUCGCUAAUGGCCCUUGGUGUUCGCUCUGUGGACUUGCCGAGACGAAUUGACUUGUUUGUUUGGCGUGGAACCGCUGAUAGUGUACCAGUUACUGGUACAUUCGCCACUCAGUGUAAAUGUGCCAGUAAAGGGUUGCCUGUCUGUCACUUCGUAGUCCGCCUUUCGUCCGAAGUCAGCUCGCUGGGCUCGCCUCCUGAACAACGAGAUAAGAAAAUGUCUGUCGUGAGGUCUUUACACGGAAGUUACACUCACAGGACACAACAUUAGGUACACCUGCGCCAUCAUGACAAGAGCUGUAUCACAAAUGGUUCCGCUCUUAUACAUUGAUUUCGUGAUAUGGAAAUAUGCGUCUGGAGUGUUAAAACGUGUGCUGGUGUCUGCAGCAGGAUGAUCUACAUCAUCAUGGGAGUGUCAGGUUGUGGGAAGAGCUCUUUGGGGGCCUUCCUGUCAGAAAAGCUGGGGUGGCCGCUGCACGAAGGCGACAGCUUCCACCCUGAGGAGAACGUGGCCAAGAUGGCUCGUGGAGAAGCGCUCACCGACCGGGAUAGAUUUCCUUGGCUUCUGAGACUACAUGACGUCAUUGAAAGAGAAAGACGUUCCAGCUCUGAUGCGCUGGUGGCCUGCUCCGCCCUCAAACGCCUCUACAGACUCAUCCUCCUCCACGGCUCUAAAGCUCUCCCGUCCUCCACCGCCUCCCCCCCACUUCCUCACUCCCUUCCCGGUGUCUUCUUUCUCUUCCUGCACGGAGACUGCGAGGUCAUCCGCCAGAGGAUGGUGGCCCGCAAGGGACAUUUCAUGACGGCAGACCUUCUGGAUUCCCAGUUUGAAGUCCUGGAGGUCCCUGUGGAGGAUCAGGAGGAGAAUGUUGUACGUCUGGAUGUGAGCAGGAGCAUCCCUGACGUCGCCGCGGAGGUGGAGAAGCACCUCAGCAGCCAAACAGCCUCACAGUUUGUCAAGUAGCUCACACACACACACAUAUUAUGUGAUGUUUGAAAUUAUUAUUAUUUUUUUAAAAACACAAAUAAACUGAAAUCAAACAAACUGCACUAGUUAUUUGUAUUGAAAAUGAAACUGAGUGUCUGAUAAACUGGAGCGUGUUUGCUCUCUAGUGUUAGCUGUGGGACAUUACAAGAUAGAAUAAAGUUGCUCCAGUACAGCUGUUCAUUAAUUGGCGUAACAUUAAUUAUGUGCUGAACGUGCAAUAAGCAGCACCUUGUAUGGGGAAAUGUACAUUGACAUAUAAUUGUACAAUACAAUAUUACACCAAAAUGCAUCUAUUGUACAUGUGAGAAUGUUAUCGCAGACAUUCUCAACUUCUUACACCAAGUUCCACCUAAAAAAAUACUUGGCUCUUCAAGUAUCACCAUCAUGACUAACAUUUAAAUACAGUAGCAUAGUAGACAUAAGUGCUCAUCUGAAAAUGGAUUUUUCUUUCCCAAAAAUGUGCUUUUAAUAAUGUUGUAAGCCAUUGUAACAUCGAUUAAAUUGUAUUGCACCUAAAAGUUAAAUGAAAAAAAAUAUUUUUUAAACAUAAAAUGCAAAUGUAUUGAACUUAAGUUAAACACAAGUGAACAGUGAUUAUUUCGCGCACCACUAGUUUUACGAGUACUACAUUGAGAAUCGCUGUGUUUUUAUUGCAUUCUGAAAUCCCCUCAUUAUGUCAUACAUCACCUAACUACUUGAGCGAAGUUUAAGACAGAUAAAGCCAGUUGUGGUACUACACCCAGAGAGGCACAAUAAUUAUAGUGCGACAUGUGAAUCUGUUUUAUAUACUUGAACAAAUGCUUCCAUAAAAAGUACCUUGUGAUCCAUUUGGCUGCUGCUCUGUCCACAUGGAAACCGCUUCCUGAUUGGUUGUUGUGCAUAGAAUCUGAUGUGAGGGAGGAAUAUGUCACUUAUUGUCCCCCUACAGUGAGUGUCAAUGUGGCAAAUAAUAGCACCACUGCCCAAAGGAACUGUACAUUUUCUUAUUUGCAGGGAACAAAUCUUAUAAAGUAUUCUAAAUGUAAUUUAAUACAUAAUAUUUAGAAAAAGUAUAAGAUGGGUUUGGCGCCAGCACACCUGGGACCCUAGUGAGGAUAAGUGGUUCGGAAAAUGGAUGGAUAAAAAUGGAAAGAGAUUAUUAUUAUUAGUAGUAGUAGUAGUAGUAGUAACAAAAUCAAUAUUUACAUAUCUGGUAUCAAAUACAAAAUGUAUUAACAAAUUAAUGUGUAAUAAAAAAAAUCAAUAAAAAUAAAGUAAAAUUGAAUAUUUUGUAGAACAAAUUUUUAUGAAAUUAAUACAUAAAGGUAAAAAAAAUCAAAUAAAAUUACCAAAGUGCAAUUUUGAUUAUGUUUAAGAGCAUUGUUUUUCUACGUCAAAAACCAAAACCAAUUG